UAUGUCAAUUGUCACUGCCGAUGUUUAAUGUUUUUUGUUAUUUGUUAAUUGCGACCAUUUAUUUUCAAUAUUGUUACUAUCAAUCGACCUUUUGGUGUCUGUACUCGUAUAUGAUUUAUUGAUUUCGUUUUAAUAUAGAUCUGUAUAAAAACACAAUUCAAAAUGUCGUCACCCCUGGAAAAUCUGGAAACCCAGCUUGAAAUGUUCAUUGAAAAUGUUCGACAAAUACGUAUAAUUGUUAGUGAUUUUCAACCACAGGGACAAAGUGUUCUAAAUCAGAAAAUUCAGUCUUUAGUGACAGGCUUACAAGAAGUGGAUAAAUUGAAGUCACAAGUUCAUGACAUACAUGUGCCAACGGAAGUAUUUGAUUACAUUGAUCAAGGUCGCAACCCGCAGUUAUACACAAAGGAUUGUAUAGAUAAAGCCUUGGCUAAAAAUGAGGAGGUGAAAGGAAAGAUUGAUUCUUACAAACGCUUCAAGAGCCAUCUAUUAUCAGAGCUUUCAAAAACCUUCCCCAAUGAAAUCACUAAAUAUAAAGCAAUGAGAGGCGGAGAGUGACUUAUAAAAACAUCACUAAGCACGUAUUCAAAAUAGAUGUAAUUUAUGUUUAAGUAAUAUAGUUGUGUCAAUAAAAAACAAACCU